UUAAGCCUGGAAAUCUUAGUUGACAGUUCCAAGUGCAAGGAAUUAUAUACAUAAAAGAAAACCAGUAACCUUUUUCCCUCUCCUUCUGCUUCUUUAUCUUCUUCCUUUGUCUUUAUAUAUAAUUGUAUAGCCAUUGAUUUUAGCCUCAAAGAAAUACCCAAAAAAGAACUAGCAAGCUAUGGCUCCUACUGAGCUCUUACGUUUGGCCUCCUUGAGCUUAUUACUGGCCUUGGUGGUCCAGCCUCAUGAAGCAUAUGGCUCGACCCGUGGCUCGUUCCUCAGCAAUGAUGGUUCAGCAGCAGUCAGUGGGAUAUGCGCCACCUCGGUGACUAUCCAUGGUUACAAAUGCCAAGAACAUGAAGUGAAAACAAAAGAUGGAUAUAUCCUUAGCAUGCAAAGAAUUCCAGAGCGACGUUUUGAAGGGAACGGUAAUGCUGGAACCAAGAAGCAGCCUAUACUCAUACAACAUGGUGUCCUUGUGGAUGGAAUGACAUGGCUCCUGAAUUCACCACAACAAAAUCUACCAAUGAUUUUGGCUGAUAAUGGAUUCGAUGUCUGGAUUGCCAACACCAGAGGCACCAGAUUCUGCAGAAAACAUGUUUCCCUUGAUUCCGCCCAGCCGGAGUUCUGGAAUUGGUCGUGGGAUGAACUGGUGAGUUUCGAUCUACCAGCUGUUUUUGAUUUUGUCUUCAACCAGACGCAGCAGAAGAUUCAUUACAUUGGUCAUUCCCUGGGAACUCUUAUAGGUCUGGCAUCAUUCUCAGAGGGGCAUCAGGCAGACACGCUGAAAUCCGCAGCGUUUCUAAGCCCGAUCGCAUACUUGAGCCACAUGAAUACUGCACUUGGCAUGGUUGCCGCUAAAGCCUUUGUUGGUGAGAUCACUACUUGGUUCGGAGUAGCUGAAUUCAAUCCAAAAGGACAGAAGGCAUCAGCUUUUCUCAAGCGUUUAUGCAAUUACCCUGGGGUUGACUGCUAUGACCUGUUAACUGCUAUUACUGGAAAAAAUUGCUGUCUCAAUUUUUCAACCGUUGAUCUUUUCAUAAAGAAUGAGCCUCAAUCCACAGCAACCAAAAACAUGGUUCACUUGGCACAGACUGUUCGAGACGGAGUUAUAGCGAAAUACAACUACGGCAGACCGGACUAUAACCGGAUGCACUACGGAGAAGCCAAGCCACCAGUUUACAACAUCUCCGCAAUCCCACGAAACCUUCCCAUCUUCAUCAGCUACGGCGGCCAAGACGCUCUUUCAGAUGUUAAAGAUGUUCUACUAUUGCUGGACAGCCUCAAGUUCCAUGAUGAGGACAAGCUCAUGGUUCAGUUCAUCAAAGAUUACGCCCAUGCCGAUUUCAUCAUGGGAACCAACGCCAAGGAUAUUGUAUACAAUCAAGUCCUUCGGUUCUUCAAAAAUCAACAAUGAUACGUUUUGCACAAUCUAGUCUGAUCGGAUUUUCUGAACCAGCUGCUUCUAUUAUCUGUUUGGUAAUAAAACCAAGCAGAUUCUAUGUAUCAAUCUGUACUAAACAGGCAUCGGUCAAAAUGUGGACAAACCUCGCAAUGUCUCCAUUUAACAAAACUCGAACUCGAAAUUUUAUUCAAAUGUAUUUAACUGCUUGCCACUGUACUAAACAGGCAUCGGUCAAAAAUUAAAUUAUGAUUUUAGUUUUUUGGGUUUAA